UGGAGGAGGCGUUGGAGCAGGAGGUGGUGAUGGAGGAGGCGUUGGAGCAGGAGGAGGUGAUGGAGGAGGCGUUGGAGGUGAUGGCCGUGGUCCCGGCUCCAACUCGGACGCGGACUUCUUUGCCCCGCAGGCCCGCCCCAGGUCGUGUACGUGGCCUCUGCGGCGGCCCGAGGCCGACGAGACGGAGGAGGCCUCGCUCGAGUCGCCGGCGGCCGAAGACGACGACGAAGAAGAAGAAGAAGACGACGACGAGUUGGACGACGACGAUGGUGGUGGUGGUGGUGAUGGCACCCCGAAGCUCCAGAGGAUAACGACGACCACCUCUCAGCCUCCUCCUCCUGCCGCCACUGGUCCUGGAGUCGAACCUGGGACGUGUGGAGGUGCAGGAGGAGGAGGAGGAGGCGCGGUGGUGUUGAUGGUCGUAGCAGCACCAGCUGCUGCUGCUGCUGCCGCCGACGUGAUGAUGAUGGGAGCCGUGGGGUCGAUGUCUGCUCCUGGGAGUGUUCUGUCACCUCGAGGGCACCUCCUGUCUGCUGCCGUGGGAACGGCCACCCCCCCAGGUGCUGUCGCAUCCGUGGCGCCUGCCUCUGCGGGUCCUGUAGGGUCUGCUGCUGCUGCUGCAUCUGUAAGCUCUGCUGGUGCCGCCGCGUCUGUAGGAUCUGCUGGUGCCGCCGCGUCUGUAGGAUCUGCUGGUGCCGCCGCGUCUGUAGGAUCUGCUGGUGCCGCCGCGUCUGUAGGAUCUGCUGGUGCCGCCGCGUCUGUAGGAUCUGCUGGUGCCGUCGCGUCUGUAGGAUCUGCUGGUGCUGCUGCAUCUGUAGGAUCCGUUGCUGCAUCUAUAGGAUCUACUGCUGCAUCUGUAGGAUUUGCCGGUGCUGCCGCAUCCGUAGGAUCUGCCGGUGCCGCCGUAGGAUCUGCCGGUGCCGCCGUAGGAUCUGCCGGUGCCGCCGUAGGCCUCGGCACCGUCACCACCGGCACGGCGGUGCCGCCGGGCCUGGCGGUGGUGGCGGUGCCGCCGCGCAAGACGUCUUCGAGGCGUAACGCGUGGGGCAACCUGUCCUACGCGGAGCUCAUCACGCACGCCAUCGAGAGCACGCCCGACCGGAGGCUCACGCUGGCGCAGAUCUACGAGUGGAUGGUGCGGAGCGUGCCCUACUUCCGCGACAAGGGCGAGAGCAACAGCUCGGCCGGGUGGAAGAACUCAAUCCGCCACAACCUCUCCCUGCACAGCCGCUUUGUGCGCGUCCAGAACGAGGGGCCCGGCAAGAGCUCCUGGUGGACGGUGAGCGCUCCCGGCGCCUCCGACCCCUCCGCCUCCUCCCCCUCCUCCUCCUCCUCCUCGUCGUCGUCGGCGGCGUCAUCCGCCGCCACGUCCACCUCCUCCAUCUCCUCGCCGUCGUGCCCCGGCGGAGGGUCGGCGGCGGCGGCCGCGCUGGCGGCCCGGGCGUCGAAACCCGGGCGCCGUCGGGCGACGUCGAUGGACGCCAGCAACGGGAAGCUGGCGCGCAGCCGCAGCAAGGCAGCGCGCAAGAAGGGGGCGGCCGCCACCGUGGCCACCACAGCCGCGGCCGCGGCUUCCGCAGGGGUGGUGGGGGGAGCGGCGGCCGCGGCAGGAGCGGCGGGGGGAAGCACUGGAGGAGGGGGGAUCCUCUCGUUCUCGCUCGACACGGGGGGCCCCGGCCCGCCGGACGAUCUGGACGCGUGGACGCAGUUCCGCACGCGCGCCAGUUCGGACGCCAGCACGCUGAGCACGCUGAGCGCGGGGGGCGUGGGGGGAGGGGGGAGCGGUAGCGGUGGGGGCGGAGGUGGGGGGCCCCUCUCCCCCGCGCCCGCCCGCCGCAAGCGCGACUCCUCCGACCUGGACGACGACUACGACGACUACGACGACUACGACGGAGACUUCGGCGGCGGGGGCGGCGGCGGCUCGCUGCUGCCGGAUCUGUCGGCCAUGGACCACCACCACCACGACCACCGCCACCGCCACCACCACCACCACCGCCGCCUCGACGACGAGGAGGAGGAGGAGGGUGGCGGCCGUUGCGACGACGCCGACGACGACGAAGCCAUGGUGACGGCCGGCUGCGCCGAGCAGGCCCUGGGCUUCGGUGGCACGCGGGCCGAGUUGGCCGACCGCCACCACCGCCACCGCCACCACCACCACCACGACGACGGCGACGACCAGCACGAGCUGGGCUUCGGCCUCAACGAGGCCAUGAUGGACGAGCUGCUCGACUCGCUGAGCCUCUCCCUGCAGCAGCAGCAGCAGCAGCAGCAGCACAACUCGGCGGCGGCGUUGGCCGCGGCGUCGCCGCCGCCGCCGCCGCCGCCGCCGCCGUCGUCGCUGGCCGCGGCCAUGCUGAUGCUGGACGGCGACGACGAGCCGCGGAUGAACAAGGCGAUGCUCACGCACGCCGACCCGCUCAUGUCGCAGGCGACGCCGAACCUCGGCCGCCACCUCCAACUCCACCACCACCACCAGCAGCAGCAGCAGCUCCACCACCACCACCACCAGCAGCAGCAGCAACAGCAACAGCAGAGGCAGCAGCAGCAGCAGCAGCAGCAGCUGCUGCUGCUCCACAAGCAGCAGCAGAGGAUGGCGGAGCUGUCGGCGUCGUCCCUGCCGUCGGCUCCGAGCCACCUGGGCAACGCCCUCUCCUCGCCCGCCUUCCACAAGGCCGCCACGGGCCCCUUCUCCUCGUCGCUGCCCAACGGCGACGCGGGCUUCACGCAGCAGCAGCAGCAGCAGCAGCAGCUGCUGAAUCACCACCAGCAGCAGCAGCAGCAGCAGCAGCCGAGGUUCCCGUGCGACCUCGACGUGGAGAUGUUCAACGGGAGCCUCGACUGCGACGUCGACUCGAUCAUCCACAGCGAGCUGCUGCUCGAUGGCGCCGGCUUCGAGUUCUCCUUCGACUCGGCGCCGUCGCCGGACGGCUCCUCGCUGGCCGGCGGCGGCAGCGGCGGCGCUCACAAGAACUGGCUCAGCGGCUGAGGGCGGGCGCCGGCAGGGCUGGGGGCGCCGGCGGGGUUGGCGACGGAGGCCCGGACCG